CUUCUUAAGUCAAUGAUGUAAUAAAAUUGCAUAUCAAAUUCAGAGGAUGGCUUUUGUAUUUCCAUUUUGUUCACAGAUGUUCAAAGAAGCUAACAAAUAUUCUAUUUUUACCAAAAAAUAAAUAAUAAAUAGUAAAAGAAAUAUUGUCUGGUUAGAAAGAAGAGUGAGUAUUAAAAGGAACAGAGACUCCAAUUCACCGCCUCAAAGAUCGAAACUUUCUUCAAAAUUGAUUUCUCAAAAACAAGCUCGUAUUGUAGAUCUUCAUACCCAUGUCGAUAUCAUCAAGCAUGGAUUUGCCUACCAUUGAUGUGGACCUUGGGCCUAGGAAGAUUGAGGAUGAGAGAGAGGGAGGUCCCUUGUUCCAUUGUGAUCUUUGUGAUACAGAGGUAGUUCACAAGCUGGCUCAAAUGUUCCUUCCGGGACUAGCCUCCGCUUGUGUUGAUAACACCUCAGGAGACCUCUUCAAGACUCCCGGGUUGGUGGCUAAUGAUUUGAGAAAGGAAAUGAUAGAUUAUCUUACCCUGAGAAGCGAAUCGUUUGUUGCCGAGUCUGUUAUCUUGGAAGGGGGCCCGGACGGUGAAGAAUCGGAUCAUCCUUUUGAUAUCAUUUCAAAUUUCGUUGAUGACUUUGUGAGUUUAAAGAGGAAUUUGUUUAGCCGGGUUUCGGGAUGGUUGCUGAGUGAGAAGAGAGAGGACAAGAUAGACGAUUUUGUUCAGGAGAUGGAAAUGAAAGGCUUUUGGACACUUGAUAGAAGGGAAACCAUUGCAGAAACUUUGCUUAAGAAUGUGGACUUUGAGAACUCGUUUCAUUGCAGCAUGAAUUUUAACUCUAAGGAAGAGCUUGCCAGUCAUGUUACUGGCUGCAACUUUAGAACCAUGAUUUGCCAAAAUGAGGGGUGCAAUUCAAGAUUUUGUGCAGGUCAUUUGAAGAAGCAUGAUUCAACAUGUCCUUUCAAGAUAAUUCAAUGUGAACAGAAAUGUUCAGAUAACAUCAUGAGACGGGAUAUGGACAGGCACUGUAUAACUGUUUGUCCAAUGAAGCUUGUAAAUUGUCCUUUCUUUGCAGUGGGUUGCCGAUCAGCGGUUGCGCAAUGUAUGAUCGAAAAACAUUUUUCGGAUGAUAUUCGUUCUCACUUGUGGCACUUGCUUAAAGGCAUCCACAAGGAAGCAUCUGGGGAAGAUCUUAAACGACGAGUGGACCAAAUUGUAGAGGCAUCAUCAAGCAGCCAAUUAGCAAAGGCUCGAGAUGUUAGAUCUUUAACCUUCGUUGUCAAGGAUAUUGAAGCUAAGCUAGGGCCUUUGGAAGUGAGUGUUGUGGAGAAAAAUAAUGCAGAGAUUUCCCCAAAAAGUGAUGAUGAUGGGGAAGACAGUGACACCAAUACAAAUGUCACUGAACAGAGCACACAAGCUUCUCAUAUCACUAAUUCAUCAGAUACGGCUCAAGGGAGCGACAUUGUAAAUACGCAUAAUGCGGAGAAUACUACUAAGAAUGAAGAUAGUGAACACAGGCGUGUUGAAAACAAGAGCAAUGAAGAGAAGACACAGACUUCAAAUGAACUACCUGAUAAAGUUAAAAAUGAUGUUGUAAAGGAAGACAGUGCAGAGAUUUACAAGGACAUUAAAGAUGUUGCAGCUAGUGAAUUAAAAACCGCAGGCAAUGAAGAGAACACUAUGGACAAUUCAUCUGAAAAAAUCAGAGUCACAGAUGAUGACAGUCCAAAGAAUAGCAUAAAAAACAGAUCUAUUGAAGGUAGUAACUUCAAAGAUAAGGAUAAUGAACAAAGCAUACAAGAUAUGAAAAUAGAAACUCAGGGUAGUGCAGAGAAUAAUGUCAAGAACAAGAAUGUUGAAGAUGAUAACUUAAAAGAGAACACAGAAACUUUAAAAGUGUAAAGUUUAUCAAAUUAAUGUACAUGAUGGUGGACAUAGUGCAGAGAGUAAUGUCACACAAAACAUGCAGACAUACUUUCAAGUUUCAACCAAGUUCAUUUCAUUAGAUAAACCUGAAAGACUGAUUCAGGCUUCCAACAAUUCUCACAUGCUGAAUCUUUAUGCAGAGAAGGUUUUCAAUUUUGCAAGUAAUAGCAAAUGCUGUCUUUUGUUUUUGUUAAGCUCUAGUAUCAUUCAGUCAUUUAUACCUUCCUUUCCUUUCCCAUUUCAAUUGUUACAUACAUUUCUUGUGUUGUUUUUCUUCAACGUCUGGUGAUGAACUUAGGUGACACUGGAUAUUUUCAUCUCUCAGCUGUUUUUGCUAGGACCUUUAUUAUUUCCCCCAUUUAUCAAUUAAUCAUAAUGCUCCCUAAUGCAUAGAAGCAUUUGCUGAAAUGUUUAAAAGGGGGAGCCCUUGGAUUCAGAGUGUAGAAUAUUUUGGUCAAAGUGAUAA